UUCCAAGCUAGGAAGAAGACCCUGAGGUGAAAUAAAGAGACUGGAGAUUUCCAAAAUAUAUAUUUAUUUUUUUUCUGGAGAGGAGGCUGUUGGUCUCUGCUAUCCUACAGAAAAGUGUAGCUCUUCUGUAGGCGUGCAAAAUAGAGUUGACAGAGAGUUAAACGAAUGAAAAGUAUUUUAAAUCUUUAUGUAGGUGCACACAUCUACAUGCUUCUGUAGUGCAAGAUGAUUAAUGAAUGUUUUGUCCUUUAUGAGCCUCAGCUCUGUUAGUCCGCUGUCAUCACCAAGAGCUCCACCGAGCAGCCACUCAGACAGGCAGGAGCAAGACCAGGAGCAACAGCAAAGCAGUGCCGAGUCAUCUCAAGUUGCAGUGGAGAUGGCAUGGGGGGACUCUCUCAAUGAUACUUUGGAGAAAGAGGUGCAGGAGACACGAAAAAUGGUGUCUGCAUUACAGGCUCUGCUGCUGCGUGGUUCACUGCCCGAGGACGAGCAGGAUGCAUCUUUGACUUUGGAACAAGGGAACACAUCUGAACAGCAGCUGGUAAUAAUGGUGUCUUUUUCUUAG